AUGAAUGAUAAGCGUGGAUUUCGAGUUGAUGAGUUGCUAUCAGACGAUAAUAAGAACAAUACCACGCAACAAGCCGGAGGUAAGCUUUGCAAAUUAGGUAGAUUAUUUGAUUUUCGUUAUAAUUGCUAUUUAGCAAGAUCGAAUAACCAAUCAGGAAGUACAAACAAAACACGGCGAGCUCGAACAGCAUUCACCUACGAGCAACUAGUAGCUUUGGAGAAUAAGUUCAAGACUUCACGAUAUUUAAGCGUUUGUGAACGAUUGAAUCUUGCCAUACAGUUGCAUCUCACCGAAACACAGGUCAAAAUUUGGUUUCAAAAUCGUCGAACCAAGUGGAAGAAGCACAAUCCUGGCAUGGAUGCUAACUCUUCACCGCCACCCACUGCAAAUCAGUCGUCUACAGCUACAGUAUCCGAUAAAAUACUUACUCCUCCAGGGUUACAGCUUUCACAGCUUAGCAUGAUCCCAGUCAGUGCACCGCUUCUGUCACUUCCUUCUAUUCCUCAAACUGGUGCAUCAAUGUUCCCAUUUAGUUUCUAUGAUAUUAACAGUUCACCAAUAUUCGUGUCCCAACGAUUGCCCUUUCUCACUUAA